CUAACUUUAGUGUCGUUCUGGCCGCCGUCAGCUUCAGACGACCUGCUUCAGAGUGACACUGACUGACCGCCAUCAGCACCGAGGGAAGGAGGAAGCUUUGUUGCCAUGGCGUCGAACAAUGAGAGCGAGGAGUCUGAAGAUCAGACGGUUCCUGGUGGAGAGGAGGAGGAGGCGAGGACCGUCCAAGGGAUCCAGUCUCAUUACCUCCGCUGUCCGUCCCCGAGUUUCUCCAUGGCGUCCGAGUCCAGGUUCUCCAUGAUCUCGGGCUCCGAUGCGGCGAGCAUCUUUAUGGAGCCCAUCCACCUCUCAUCAGCCAUCGCCGCCAAGAAAAUCAUCAAUGAGGGUGAGACAGAGUUGCCGCCUCGCAGCGUGCGGGCCGAGUCCAUCCCGGAGUCUAUGUUGGAAACCGCCGAGCAGCUGAUGGUGGAAGACCUCUACAACCGUGUCAAGGACAUGAUUGAUGACCGCAGCCCCUACAAUACCCCCUGUGUGCUGGACAUCCAGAGGGCCAUGGUGCAGGACCGCAUGGAGGCUCCCAUCAACCCUGUGGACGAGGUGUGGCCCAACAUCUUUAUAGCCGAGAAAUCUGUUGCGGUCAACAAGGCUCGUCUGAAGCGAAUGGGCAUCACCCACAUCCUUAACACCGCCCAUGGCACGGGGGUCUACACAGGCGAGACUUUCUAUGCCGGCAUGAACAUCCAGUACAUGGGCAUCGAGGUGGACGACUUUCCUGAAGCCGACAUUGCGGUGCACUUCCGGCCCACCGCCGAAUUCUUGGAUGAAGCUCUGCUGACACACAAGGGAAAGGUUCUUGUUGUUUCCAUGAUGGGCAUCAGUCGCUCUGCUAUACUGGUGGCAUGCUACCUGAUGAUCUUCCAGCACAUGAGCAUCAUGGAGGCCCUGACUUCCAUGAGGAAAAAGCGUGCCAUCAACCCCAACGAAGGCUUCCUGAAGCAGCUGCGAGAGCUCAAUGAGACCCUGAUGGAGGAGCGUGAUGAUGACGACGAAACGCUCAGCCAGUGCUCCGUCAUUGAUGCGCGCACGCGCGCUCAGAUCUUCGGUGAGGGCGUGGACGACGAUGACGAUGACACGGACAAAGAGGAAGAGCAGAGUAUGAUCGAGGUGAAAGCACACUCCAUCACGAUGGAAGAGGAGGAGGACAAAGAGAGCGUGAUGAGCAGUGUCGCCUCCUCUGCAGCUGCUGCGGCGCUCAGGAGUGGAUUGAUCGGAGCGCAAAAUGGGAUGGACAACCAGGGAUCGGCACACAACCAAGAGAAGAUCGUUUUACCUGAGGAGGGUGGUGGAGAAGAUGGUGACGAUGAGGACGGCCUCGACAGCAUGAUCCACGAGUGGCAGCGGAGAAAUGAGAAAUAUCAAAACGAUGACUGGUGGGAGAAGCAGCUCAAUAGCGACGAUGAGGAUGGGGAAUCUCUCGCUGAGGGCAGACCAAGGAAGACGAAGGAAGGUCUAGACGCUGAUGUAGAGAGUAUUACCAGCGAGGACGUACAAGCUGUAAAAGAGCGGGUGAAGCGUCGGACCAGACGUCCACCCUCAGACACGAUGUCCACCUCCAGCUGCACAAGUUACUCUGAUCUUUGGAAACAGCGAUUGAGGGAAAUUGAGGAGCAAGCUGCUGCUCGCUACCGCAAGAAAGAGGAUGACGAAGGCAGCGAGAGCACAGCUACAGAAGGCGGAGAAGGAGGGAAGAAGAAGAUUGACGAAGAGGUGGAGAGCUUACUCUCUGACACCAGUUCCAUGUACAACUUUUGCCAUAAGAAUAAGGAGAAGAUGUCGCCCUUGGAGCGUUGGCGGGUGAAGAGGAUCCAGUUUGGCUGGAACAAGAAAGAUCGAGAGGAUGGAGAGAAAAGUUCAAUCGGAGAUGGAGAAAACGGAGAUGGCGAGGGACAAACCAAGACUCCAUCCCUCCAAGAUGUUAAUCUGACAGCAUAUCAGUCGUGGAAGUUGAGGCAGCAGAAGCGUUACGGGGAGGAAAACACAGAUGAGAUCUUGGAGAUGAGUCGUGGUGAGGACUCUGCAACAGUUAAACGGAGGCAAAAACGUGAGGAGAUCCUGGAACGUUCAAGGAAAAAUUUAGAGGAGAGUCAGUCCAUGUGUGGAUGGGAGAAUGAGAGCUGCGUCAGUGGAGGUACAAUACCUCUUUCUGCCUUCUGGGCUGGAGCUGGAGUCACAGGUCCACCAAGUGUUGCCAAUGAUGACAACAUGUCUAUGCUCAGCGGCAGGUCAUCUGUCAUAUCUUCAGUUUCGCAGGCUCGCAGUACGAGAUCAGCAAAAUCUACAGUCCCAGUCAAUCCCAUGACACCAGUUCCUCCCAUCCUUCCAGUUCCUACUGUCCAGGGUCCCGGGGGUGAACCAAUGGUGAAUCUGGCUAGCAUCCAAAACUGGAUUGCGAAUGUCGUCACUGAAACUAUCAAACAGAAGCAAACCGAGAUGAGCCUGCCUCCUCCAUCACGUGCUGGAUCAGAUCUUAGCUUUGGCGGCGCAACAAGCAUGAUUUCAGGCCGUGGCAUGGAUGAUGACAAAGCAUCCUUGUUGAGUGGCACGUCCUAUUCCAGUAGACUGUCUCAGGGUCGCGGCAGGGCAGCAUCAGUCCUCUCGGGUGGCGGGCAGAGCAGUGUCACUGGUAUCACUGGAAGAGGCUCUGCUCUGGGAUCUAGCCUUGGCACCACCUUGGGCUCCAAGAAAAACAAGAUCACCACCACUAGCGUCCCACUUUUCAGCCUGUUCCAAGACCAGGUCGAUAUGGGUAAACUGGAUGCCAUAGACAAGGAGAUCAAGUCCGAGAUGAGGGACAAGAUGGCUACCUAUGAAAAGAAGAAGAUCUUGGAGGACAACAAGCGGAGCACCCUCUACAAGAAAAAGAAACCAAAGGAGGACGAAGAAGAGGAGGAGGAGAGGAUGAAGAAAGAGGAGGAGUUUCUUGAAGAAACAAAGAAAAAGGAGAAACCUCAAAGGAGUUAUGGUCUCUCUGGGUGCUUGAAUCUCAACCCUGCCCUGGAGAAAGACAAGAACACCAGCAUUGACGACUGGCUGAAAAGUGUCAGACCUCCUGAGAGGAAACCAGCCUCCGCAGAGAUAGCAGAAGAUCCCUACGACGAUCUCGAUGCCUCCGCUUCCGAAUUUGAUUUCUCAAGCCGCAGAGCCUCAUAUGCUGUCAAUGAUGAAGAAGAUGAGGAAACUUAUGGCAUUUCAUCCAGAUACAGAUCAAGGUUACAUGAGGAUCCAUUAAGUGAAGGCACAGAAUAUUCCUGCAAUGGGUUCACGCAAUCCAACAGCCGAGCGGGGAGGUCGUACGGUAGUUACGACGAAAGCGACGAGGCGACUGAGAGCUACGGCGACCUCUCAACAAAGAGAAAGUUUGCUCAUCAUUCACGGUAUGAAAGCAGUGACACGGAAGGGACGAGGAGUAGGAGGGAGGAAACUACAGAGGAAGAGGAGGAUGACAUUGCUACCUUUAUCGCUCAAACCAGGCAGAGGAUCAGAGCUCGGGCUGCCGCGGAGGCCGAAGAUGACGAGGUGCUCGCAGCUUGGAGGGCACAGCAGGAAGCGAAAUCACAGAGCAGAAGCGAAUCUGCAAACUACUGAUGCAAGGAGUUUUUAGAAAACGAGAGUUAAGGGCUAAUUCUGUGCUGCUGCUAACUUAUUAUGGAUACAUUUGGUUUUGUUUUCCAGAAAUUAAAUAUCAUCUGAGGCGUAUUGUGCAAAACAUCUCAAACCUUUUGGACACAAACGUCGUGAGGUGGAUUAAGGACUUAUUUUCUGCACUAUUGUUCAGUAAUCACUAUAAUAACAUUUUGUAAAGUGUGUUUCACUUUUUUUGAAUUGUGGAUGUCUGUAUUUGGAAAAAAAACCCUGGUUUAUAUCAAUAUAAAUAAAAAGAAAAAGCAAUUUUGCCUGCUGAGUGUUUAGCCUGUAUUAUUACUAAUGACUAAAUAUAAGUAGAGUUAAGGUUUUGGUUGCAUAUUUUCAUAAGAGUAUAGUGAAACUCU